ACUUGACAGCAUUCCAUUCCACCGUUGCGUUUGUUUUGUAAAGUGUCGGAGACCGCGGUUGACACGAUCACACCUUGUGAAAAAGUUUUACGCAGACUCGCGAAAAUUUGAAAAUUCGGCGUUCCGUAGCGGCGGAAAAUCAUGUAGAACGCAAUCCGCGCCGCAGUUUCUAGUGGGUGAAGUGUUGGAACGGCCGACGUUGAUGGAUUUCGCGUUGUAAUUAAAUGUUUCUGUUUGUUAGUGCGAAUUUUCGUGGUGGUGCCUUCACAACAGGAACGUAGAUGCACGGAGGGACUCUGAACGAUCGCAGGGCUCUCGAAAGAGAAGCCCUGCGUCAUGUUAUUAACCAAUGGAACGCUAACAGAUUGGAUCUCUUCGAAUUAUCGGAACCAAAUGAGGACCUCGAAUUUCACGGCGUCAUGCGCUUCUACUUCCAGGACUCCGGUCAAAAGGUGGCCACCAAGUGCAUCAGGGUGGCUUCCGAUGCGACCGUCGAGGACGUCAUCGGCACCCUGGUGGAAAAAUUUAGGCCGGACAUGCGGAUGCUUUCCGUACCUUGUUAUGCACUGUACGAACUUCACGAAGGUUGCCCCGAAAGGAAAAUGUCCCCCGACGAAAAACCCCUUCUGGUGCAGCUUAAAUGGCACGUGGACGACCGCGAAGGGAGGUUUCUCCUGAAGAACGUAGAUGAUGACAAAACAGUAAAUACUAUGGGGCCUCUCGACACGCACGCCAGUUUUAGACGAAAAUUAUCGAAACGAGAAAAGAAGCAGCUAAAGAAGCAAGAAAAAAUGUCGAAGACGAAUAAGAUAGAGAACGGCGAUGUUCACGAUCAAGACGGCGUUGCCGAGAAGCUUUAUACUGAGUUACCUGAAACAUCGUUCACUAGAUCUAUAUCGAAUCCUGAAGCUGUUAUGAGGAGACGGAGGCAAAUAGAGUUAGAAAAGAAAUUGCAGCAAUUCAGAUCGAAAGACGGCGGACCAGAUACGGGUGGUACAUUAAAAAUAUACGGCGAGGCCCUUUGCAAAGACGUUCCGUACAAAACUCUGUUGUUAUCAGUGCGCGAUUGUGCGGGGACUGUAGUGCGACAAAUGUUAGAAAAAUACGGUUUCACCAAAACUGACCCGUCUCAGUGGUGCCUCGUCCAAGUGACCCAGCAGCCCGGCUGUCCUGAUACGGAGUACAUACUCGACGACGACGAGUGCCCUUUGAACAUACUGAUGAGUUCGCCUAAUACCGGCUCCAUAAUGUUUCACGUACGACGAAGACCGGCGGAUUGCGCCCCAAGGAAGCGGAAAAAGAAACCGGGAGCCAUCGGUCAGACAGCCAGUACGAGGGAUGUUCGAGAAGUCGCGGCACCUUUACUGGUCGAAUUGGGGCCUGACGGCUCCGCUCCUCAUCCCGGGGACACUGCCAGGACAAUACGGUUGACCAGCGAUAUGAUGGAGGUGGGUUCAGCCAACGGUAUAGGCCUCCAGCUGUACGGGCCGCACAUCCAGCCGCGACAUUGCGUCAUCACCAUAAACGCCGCCGACGGGGCGACGUCGUUGACGCCGUGCCACGCCGACGCGCACACCUACGUCAACGGUCAGCGCAUCCACCAGACGACCGUCCUGCAGCACGGCAGCCUGGUGAAGUUCGGCCACAGCAACACCUACCGGUUCUUGGAUCCGGCGCACGAGGACCGGACGCGACCGGCGUUCGGCAGCUCCGGCGGAUUGGACAACGUCGGCGGGAGAAUGUACGAUAGUCGCUCUCCUCGUGCGUUAAGUCCGACCGAGCAAUCGCAAUCGCAAUCACGGGAAAAUAUCGAAACGACUUUCGAUCUGGACGGGAACGUUGAAACCGUAUCGACAGCGAGCGGUGCCAGAGACGAUAACAGAUCGUUGGGAUCUUCGUCGGAGAAUCGGUUGAGCGGAAUCGACAGAUACCCGCGCGGCCAGGACCCCAUCUUGCCCGCGGUGCUGGAGUUUCCGGAGGAACCCCAAGAGCAGUUCCUCGCUAGGGUAAUCACGCAUUUGGAUGUGACGACGCCGACGUUCCGGCUGGCGCCCGCGUACACCUUGUACUUGUGCGCCAGGUACAGGGCGUCCACGCAUUACCGGCCCGAAUUGACGCCCACGGAACGGGCGCAGAAGCUGACGGUGCUGCUACAGCACGCCGCCAAGUUGAUUAGGUUAACAGUUCAAGAUAGGAGCACGGAGAGCACGUCGGAGGCCUUUUGGCUGGCGAACGCCAGCGAGCUGUUGCAUUUUUUGAAAUCUGACAGGCACGUGAGCGCGUUUUCGCUGCAGGCGCAAGACACUUUGGCCGACGCCGUGCAAUUGGCUUUCAAAAAUCUGGUGGCCUGUUUGACGGACGAGCUGAACGCGGCAUUGGCCUAUCUGAUGUCGGUGACGGGCGACGAUCAUCCCAGAGAGAUAAUCGGCGUUCUGAGCGGGGCGAUGAACCUAUUGAGGAAAUGCAGGGUGAACGCCGCGUUGACGAUACAAUUGUUCUCGCAGUUGUUCCAUUGGAUAUCGGCAAAAGCCCUUACGAACGUCAUCAGCAACAGUAACUUGUGCACGAAGAGCUUCGGCCAGAAGUUGUUCAAUCGGUUGCGAAACCUCCAAGCGUGGACCGAGUCGCAAGGAUUAGAGCUGGCCGCGGAGUGUCACUUGGCGAAGAUCGUGCAGUGCGCGCAUUUGCUGCAAGCGCCCAAAUACGCGCCGGAAGAUCUGGCCAACCUUUCGGCCGCUUGCUUCAAGUUGAACUCGAUGCAACUGGGAGCGUUACUGAAACAAUACAAAGGCGAACCGGGCGAGAAAAUCGCGUCGCCGUCGCUGCUGGAACAAGCGGCCAAAGCGGCGGAGAGCGUCGCCGACGAGCUCGCCAGGGCGGAGGGACGCGAGGUCACGCUCUACGAAGAUCCGGCGCCCACGCUGCAACUCCUGCUACCCGACGACGGUUUCAGCUGCGACGUGGUGCAAGGCGUCCCACCCGGCCUCGCCGAUUUCCUGCACCCCCUGCAAGCGUCCGGCCUGUGCCGGCUGGCCUCGCAGCCCACCAGCUCGGGCCAUUGGACCGUUUACAUGUCGGCGCCGAGGCCGCCGUCCGCCAUGAGCGCCACGCAACCUGAGGUUCAAGUGAUAAGAUUGCACAAGGCGGGUGGCGGCAUGGGACUGUCUAUCGUGGCAGCUAAAGGAGCGGGCCAGGAACAACUGGGCAUCUACAUAAAAUCGGUGGUACCGGGCGGUGCUGCGGACAGGGACGGUCGAUUGGCGGCCGGCGAUCAGCUGCUGUCGGUCGAUCGGCAAUCGUUGCUGGGAAUCACUCAGGAAAAGGCGGCGGAAUUCCUGCAAAGGACCGGCAGUACGGUAACUCUAGAGGUGGCUAAAGCCGGUGCCGUUUACCACGGUCUGGCAACGUUGCUGCAACAGCCCAGUCCUACGCCGCAUAGAGGACCAAGACGGAUGUCGGAGCGCGACCUGCCGUCUAGAGUAGACUCGGAACGUUCGAUCCCCUCUUCAAAAUCCGUUCCCGCCCUCCAUCAAAUCCAUUCCCCCGGCGCCGUCGAGCCGCAAUCGUCGCGAGCGAACGCCACCGUCGGCGACAUCUACAGCCGGACCUCCUCGAGCACCAGCAUCAACACUCACCUCAACAACGGCCUGAACAACGGCCAGAUGAUGACGAACGGCGGCGGACCCGUCGGAGUCAACCAGGCUCUGCGGAGCAGAUCGACGCACAAUUUGCACCAGCAGGACGGCGGGUUCUAUCAGAAUUUGAGCAUUUACAAUAGGAACAAGAACCCCAGUCCGCAACAAUUGGGCGACAGGACAUCAGCGCUACGGAGUUCCCAGAACUCGCUGCACUCCUCCAUAGCCAAUUCGCAACGACCGGCUUCGGCUUACUACCCGCCGCCGGCUUCGAUGAACUCCCGCCCCGCCAAUCUCCAUCAAUCUAUACCCAAUCUGAAGAGCCCUCCGAAUCUGUACAGGCUGCCGAGCGAAGACUCCAACCGCGUCGGGUCCUAUCCCAACGUCCAGUACGGCCAGAACUACUAUCCAUCGUAUCAGAAAAACAACUUUCCGAGUCCGGACGAGGUCCAGAAGAUACCGUACGGGAAUUCGUACGCGGCGCAGAACCAGUCCUAUCCCAGCCCCACACACAGCUCGGUUCAGGGAUACCCCAAUCACGUGCAGCAACCUCUGCACGUCAACGCCGGCGUCAGGCAAGAGGAGCGAGGCUACAACAACGGCGGCGGGCUGCUCAGAGAGGACGUUUUCAGGCAGUCUCAGAACUCCAGACACGAAGAAAUUAUGAGAUAUCCAAGCCAAGGCAACAUCCGCAUAUCAGACUCUGUCCAAAGCAACGAUCUGUCCCGAUACAAUGAAAUGAGGUCGUCUAAAAGCGAAGAUUUGCUGAAGCAACACGCCAUGCAACAGCAUCAAUCCGACAUUACGAGAUACGCGAGCAGCGGCAAUAUCAGAGACGGCAAAGCCGCCGAACCGCCGCAGCUGAGGCAGAACCCCGAACAUCUGGCCCAACACCGGCUGAGCAACGAGGACCGGCACCUGCGCGGCGCCGCCAAAUUGGCGGAAAUGUCCGAGGAGGUGAGACGGCGCCAGAAUCGCGCGCAACACUUCGGCCAGCCGGCGAACCAGAACGCCUACUAUCAGCAACAGCAGUUGCAGCAGCAGUAUUACAACCAGAUGAUGGCCCAGAACGCGCAGGGCAUGCAGAACAUGAACAUCGGCCAGCAGCCGCCCUACGGGGGCUAUCCGCAGCAGACGCCUCUGUCGCCGACGUUCAAUAAGAUGCCGCCGGUGGCGCCCAAGCCCAGUCGAAAGGACGAGUACCCGCCCGAAUUGCCCCCGACCAGCACCCACCCGCUCUAUCUGGCCAGCAGCCAGGAGCCGCCGAAGAUGGCGUACUACCCGAGCGGCGGGCCGAUGCUGGCGAAGCCGCCGCGCGACCCGUGGGCCAGGGAGGAGCAGGAGCGCCAGCAGGAGGCCAGGAGAGAGGCGGCCCGCCAGUGGCAGGAGCAGCAGAUCAUGGAGCUGUCGUCGCUGCCGUACAGGACGCCCCAGCAGGACGAGCAACUGCGCGUCUUGCAAUUGGAAAGGGAGUUCCAAAGGAGGGCCAUGGAGGCAGCCGAAGAGGGCGACGAAGAUACCGAAAAGGAAAGCUCAACGCCUCAAGGCUCUCCGCAAGGAUCCCCCAACCAGCCUCAGCUCAAUAACACGUCAUUAAAUCCCAACAAACUGGAACAUUCCCACUCCCACUCGCAUUCUCAGUUACCGCCGACGUCGAUACUCAAACCCAGCGCGGUCACGAACAACGCGCUCGCCCAACAACAGAUCCAUCAACAGAUCCAACAACAACAGCAGCAGCAGCAGCAGCAAAACCUGCCGUCCCCGUCGGAGACGGCCGCCGUCGCGGCGCCGCCGCCGCCCGAGCGCGGCUCCAGCUUCGCCGUCAUGUCGAUGAGGACCAAGGAAUCCACGAAGAAAGUAUCUUUCAACGACUCAUCGGCGGCCGCCACGCCCGUCCAACCGCCGACCACGCUGCUGCUCGAGGAGACCGUAAGGGAAGAUCCCAAUAGCUUCAUACGGCAAGCUGAAUCAAUGCUGGCAUCUCCCGUGACUCCGACGGACGCCUCGCCGGGCACCUCGACCGCCACCCCCGGUGUAAUCGGGGCGCAGGAAGUGUACAGGGACCCGAGGGCGCGCCGGCUGGCCGAGCAGGCGCAGCGCAAGGACCAGAAUCUCAUCGCCGCCGUGCCGGAGAAGUUGUCGUUCAAAGAGAAGAUGAAGAUGUUCGCCAUGGAGACGGGCGAAAAGGAGACGCCCAAAGACAAGAGCAAAAUCAGCAGAGCGCAGAGGGACAUCGACAGCUUAGGAUCGCCUAAUUUGGUGCAUUAGUAUUUCGUUAGGUAGUAUAUUGAAUCGAUUGCGUUGAUGUCCGUUGCGUAAUUCUGUGCCAAAUUUGAAGAUUACUUAUGUUAAUAAUUCAUGCCUCAUAAUCACGAGCUGAUGUGCUAGAAGGUUCGUUUCGACAAAAAUAGAACUUUCCCAAAUCUGCGCCAAGUAGUUAAAAUGACUGCGCAGGCGCGUAAGGGUUCCGAACGGUCCAGUACUCGAUGUAAUCGUUAUUUCAACCGGCAAGAUUGGACGCUUUACUGGAACGUUUACUCCUAACUGAAGACGAAACUAAAACAAAGUGACAUCUUAGUAUUCGCUAUUUGAGUGUGACGCGAAAUUCUCAAUUGUAAAUCUUAAUGCAUAUCUACUAUUCGCAACUACUAAUACUAUACCGUCCAAAAAUGUGCAGCUAUAGUUAUUUAACUACAACGACCAAGAUUAUAUUUUAUUCAUUCGAUGAGUAUCCAAAACUUAUUUGUGCUAAUAAGAUUAAUAGAAUAAUUAGGGAUGGUACUGCAAUAGGUAAUGCAGUGCAUUGAUUUGGACCCAAUUGGCACAAAAAACCUGUUAAAAACUUCUAAAUUGGAAUAUUCUUGCCGAAACCUCAAGUUCCAAUAUAUUAGUAUUAAAUAGUAUUCCAUUCCUCAACUUUAUAUGACAAAUUAUUAUUAUUUUAUGGCAAUUUGCUCUUUCAAUUGACUAGAUUUUUAUUUAAUUCUGUGGAUAAAUUAAAAGAAACUUUUGGGUAAAUCUUCAAAGAAAAUGGAUUUGCAAAAUAAGUUACCUACAAGUAAGACUGUUGUAUUUGAAAUUUCGCAUUGACCACGUUUCGAAUCGUACGAAUAUUUAAAAUAAAUUAACCGGGGAUACUCCAUAGUUUUCCUUAAACUUAGUGGCUUAAAGAGUGAUUACUAGGUAUAUCUGUGAAAUAUCUCGUUUGAAAGUUUAUCUUGAAAUUAUAUUGUAAUUAUAUAUCGAGAGUCCCUAUUUUUUUGUCAAUUUUUAGGAUGAAUUGUUCUUUUUUAGAUAUAGGAGUUUUUGAAUUUAUCGAAGCAAUAGUGUAGCACUUACGGACCAAUAUAAUAUGAAAAUUGUAUCUAUAUACACGCAUUCCAUUGGAUAAAAUUUUUAAAAAAAGUUGUAUAGAUUUUAGUCGUUUUUUCUAUGACGGGGCGAUGCAAAAAUUUUUCUGCAAAAAUCUGAAGGAACUUGCGCAUUCCAUCACGUUAUCGACACUUUUGCAUCGCCAUCUAGGCCUUGUAUAAUUGACGAUAAAAUAAAAAUUGCUUUCAAUGUCAUUCUACGAGCAAUAUAGGAUGUAAUUUACAUAGACGAAUCCGUCAUAUAUUUUAGUUGUAAAUAAAAUUGUAAUAAAGGUAGGUUUAUUCGAUAGAAUCAUAGAGCAGAAUUAUUGAUUUGUUUUUAAUAAAUUGAUUAUCUGGUAUUGAUAUCACUAAUGUAUGUUUUCAGGUAAUCAUUAUUUUGAAUUAUAAAGAUUUAUUCAAUAAAUAUAUCGU